AUGUCCCAAGAGCCACAUUCUGAGAAUGCCCCAGCACAAGUCCCUAUGCAUCCAAAUCAAUCCUUGGAUGAUGAAAUGAGCCACCAAGAAGCCAUACCAGCUGUUCAAUUCGCUGAAGUAGACAACAGUACUAUGUUCUGGCAAGAUCUUCCUGAACUUCAAACGCAGAGAAAUGAUCUUGAAUGGCUAUUUGAACCACUGCAAGGCAUACCUCAAGCCUCUGCACUUCCAUCGGAGUGGACAUUCAAUGCGCCGAACUUGGAAAAUUCCACCAUCUGGCAAACCGAGACAGACUUAAAUGUGAUCGUGGAUAAGAAGAGUCCUCCCGGGCUAGAAGAAUGGACAUUAGCGCACUCGCGUCUAAUUCCCGCGCUUAAUCAACUCGAUAUAAGCGUCCUCUACUCGCCGUUCUUUGAAGUCGAGAAUCUCAAAAUAUUUUACGACUUGUACUUUGAGAACUAUCAUCCACAUUUCCCCAUAUUCCAUCGACCAACGAUGAUUUUGUCUGAUAUUGAGCCAUUACUACUUGUUUCACUUCUAACUUUAGGCUCAACAAUGUCGGAUGAUAUGCACUUAUAUGAAUUGGGUCAGCAGGUUCAUGACGCUCUUCGUCUUAUAAUCAUCAAUGUCGCUCAUGGCAAGAUGAAGUCUUCACGGAAGAACUACGAGAUGGCACAUGUGUUCCACGGCGCCAUAGUCACAAUGAUGAAACGAGGCAGUGUGUAUCCUGCUUCUUCAACAAUCCGCGCCCCCCACCAAGUGAUCAAUCUCCAACUAGAAUGGCAUCAAUGGGUAAAAGAAGAAUCCUGGCGCCGAACCGCAUUUUUCGCAUUCUGCAUGGAUGCUCAACACGCCUGUUUAUUCGGCCAUAGCCCAAUUCUCUCCGUCAAUGACUUAGAAAUGACACUCCCAUGCAAGGAAAUUCUCUGGGAAAGUUUAUCUCCGGAGUCAUGGUACGAUCUCUGCCAACGAGACUCGAAAUCCUCUUCUGCACAUUUCUUACCGACCUUGAAAGCCUUGUUACAAGAUGCGAUCACACCCGCGGCUUAUAGCGAGUAUGCACGUUUUAUUCUUCUCCAUGGUUUGAUAAGUUUGCAAACGCAUCUGCAGUCGACGUCGCGCUUGACAAUGGGCAUUGAAAAGGGUAGUACGGAAGACCCUAAAUCAGUAUCUGAUCCAUCUGGAGCCAAAUCUUCCACGCUGAAGGCUUCGCCGCCGUGGGCGAAUAUGAUCAGUACCGCUAUCGCCGCUUGGUCGGAUUGUCUCUUGUCCCUUCAGCCCUCUCUGUGCCUUGAAGCGGCUCGCCCAUUGUAUAGAAUGGCGCAGAUUACCCUGCACGUUAGCAUGGUUGACUUGCUUACGCUGGCGAUGGAUCCGGAUCAUCUUGGUAGUGCUCAUGCGCGGAGUACUUACGACGAGGCCAAGGCACGGAUGUCGGCUUGGGCUACCACGAAGUCGGCUCGCGAGGCAGUUCGAUAUUCUUUGCUUCUAGUGCAAGAGACAAUGUUUUCCGGUCAUAGAUACCGGGCUUCUGAUGACAAUAUUGCCCCACGACCUUGGUGUUUAUACGUUGCGGCCUUGACCUUGUGGAUGUAUGGGGUCAUGACUGAAGGUCCUGCAUCUCCUGAGAUUGAAGAGUCCAAAGCAGAGGAAUACUUGAUCCAGAUGACAAGGGCGCUGAAGGGGGGUCAGAUGGACUAUGUAGAGGCGAAUCAGACGGCCGGGUUGAUGCGUGCAGUGCGUGACGCGUUAGAAAACUGUCGCUGGGAGUUGCUACAGGAUGCCCAUGAAAUUUUAGGACGGCUCGGUGGAUAA